AAUUCGUUUAUCAUAUUACAAUUCUGUUCAGAGCUGGCUUUUUGAGUAAACAAACAUGAACCGACUACAGACAUACAGAGCUGCGCAUGCCAUGCUGAGGAUUCUGCGAACCUCGAGCCAGUAUUCACCUUGCAGUCUCACUUUCCAGUAUAGAACAGGUGAAAGACCAUGUCUCAGGAAUCACACAAAACAGCUCCAUACUUCCCAUCGUCUGUGUAAAAAAUUCAAUGAAGAGCUUUAUGAAACUGUUUCUGUGUAUGAUUCAACUGGUGCUAACUUAAUUGUGGAAACAGAACUGCUGGUGCUACAGAAAUUCUGUCAGAAAUUCCACAGGUUUUACUGUGAACAAAUGACAAGUAAUACUCCAAAGGACAAUACCAAACCUAAAUGUUACAUAUUGAAAGAAAAAGAGCAGAAAUCUUCUGAACCUCUGAAAGAGAAAGAACGGAAAUCUGAUGAACCUAAUGUGAAGCAAGUAAAGUUUAGCAACAAAAGUCACAAAGACAUAACAAAACUUAACAGGAUAGUUGAAAACCUUGUCAACCACGGUGUAGUAAGUGUUCAGUAUGGAAAGAAUGUUCCAGAAGGUUUGAGUGCGGUUAUAUGCGAAUACAGCACCUUUAGUAAACUGCCAGCUGAUUGCUCAAGCAUCCGAGCUAAACCAAUAACAACAGACAUGAUCCGUUCUCUGAUCCAGCUUGUGAGAGAUGCAGAGAAGGAGCAUUUGGAAAAUGUGCAAGGAAUGUUGACUAAUAUGAAAUCAUCAGAAUAAAUAUUGAAACCAUUUUAUAGAGAUUUUUAUGCACAUUGUUUUGCAGGACAAUGAUUUUUUUUACGAAGCUGUGUCAUCGAGUGGUCAUAAAGUUAUAUAUAAAUUGCAUAUAGUGUUUUUUAUUGCCUUUUAAUUGUGUUUGUUAAAAAAGAUAUAUAUGUCAAAAAACUAUGUUAUGUAUCUUUUAUAACAGAAAUUAUCCUCAUCAAAGAAUUCAUUUAUGAAUUGUACAAUUUUAUAUAUAUAUAAAGACAUGAAUAUAAUUGUAAAUAUAAAUACUUAUAGAAAAAUAAGUAUAAUUGACAGGUAAACAGUUGUUUGUGUGUUUAUUUAGAACCCUCAUAAAGUUGUUAAAAAGUUGGGUUAAAAAAGUGCCUCAAUUGUGUAUUUUUGUGUGUUAUGACAGAAAUAGAAAUAUAUCUGCA